AUGGACUCGAGGAUGAUUGUAGAUAUGAAAAAAAUCAUCGAUGAUGUGGAGACAAGCUCUAACCAGUCUCAAGCAUGGUGUAUGUUUGACACGAAUGAAGACACGUGCUGGUUUUCAGGCCAUGGCACCCAGCAGUCCAUAGAUAUUUACCUGAAGCAGACACUAUAUUUGCAGAAGAUCCGAAUAUUCUUCCAAAGAGGAUUCCAUUGCACAAAGGGAAAAGGAUAUGCGGCCUCGAAUCACUUUUCUGGAUAUACCAGAAUGGAGUUUCAUAACGGAGGAAGCAUGGGGUGUCUAGACAUUAAUCGGGAUGGAGACCAUAUCAAAAUAGUUUUAGAGGAAGGAGCAGACAUGUACAACAGAUACUGUAUCUACAGAAUAAGCCUUGACUUCUGA